AAACCCACAGGCCCGGGACUCUGGGCGUCGGACCGUGCCGCCGCCACACUUGGGGUGCGGAGUGAACGGCCGCCCCGAGGAAGGAGGCGGAGCGGCGAAGCGAGCGGGGCUCUGUGGCGGCGCCGGCGCCCCCGAGCUGCCAGACAUGAACGGCUUCACUCCGGAGGAGAUGAGUCGCGGAGGGGACGCGGCCGCCGCCGUGGCCGCGGUGGUCGCUGCUGCAGCUGCCGCCGCCUCGGCGGGGAACGGGAACGCGGCGGGCGGUGGGGCAGAGGCACCGGGUGCUGGUGCGGUGUCGGCUGCUGGUCCCCCCGGAGCAGCCGGUCCGGGCCCCGGGCAACUCUGUUGUCUGCGGGAGGACGGCGAGCGGUGCGGGCGCGCGGCUGGCAACGCCAGCUUCAGCAAGAGGAUCCAGAAGAGCAUCUCGCAGAAGAAGGUGAAGAUCGAACUGGAUAAGAGUGCAAGACAUCUUUACAUUUGUGAUUAUCAUAAAAACUUAAUUCAGAGUGUUCGGAACAGAAGAAAGAGGAAAGGGAGUGAUGAUGAUGGAGGAGAUUCACCAGUUCAGGAUAUCGAUACUCCAGAGGUUGAUUUGUACCAAUUACAAGUAAAUACACUUAGAAGAUACAAAAGACACUUCAAGCUUCCAACCAGACCAGGCCUUAAUAAAGCACAACUUGUUGAGAUAGUUGGUUGCCACUUUAGGUCUAUUCCAGUGAAUGAAAAAGACACCCUAACAUAUUUCAUCUACUCAGUGAAGAAUGACAAGAACAAAUCGGAUCUCAAGGUCGACAGUGGAGUUCACUAGGAGAUGGCAUUCACAUAGUACAUAGAUGUCUGGCUGUAAAGAAUGUUUACUGUUUUUCAUAUGUAGAAAUGUUCUUGUGUAUUUUUUCUACAGAGGAUUUUCUUUGGCAUUUUUUUGUUUCUUUUUGAUUUUAAUAAUUAGUUGGAAACUCAUAUAAACUGAGCUUCCUAAAUUAAAACUAUUUUAAAUAAAGGUUAUUACUAUUA